GAGCCUGAGUGCGUCCGUGUCUCUGGGGAUGCUCUACAUGCCCAAAGUCUACAUCAUUAUCAUGCACCCAGAGCAGAACGUGCCCAAACGCAAGCGCAGCUUCAAGGCCAUCGUCACCGCUGCCACCAUGACAAACAAGCUCAGCCAGCUGGCCAGCGAACGGCCCAAUGGAGAGGUGAAAACCGAGCUCUGUGAAAGCGUGGACAAUAGCACACCGUCCACAAAAACAACCUACGCCAGCUACACCAAUCAUGCCAUAUGAGCGCGCAUCCUGAAAACGGUUUGGCAUGGACCUGGCUGGCUCCGACAAAACAGGAUCCAAUGACUGAAAACCAAGCAUGAGACAUCAGUGUUGUUUGUGGACAAGAGGAUGGACUCUUGGACUUUUUUUUUUUUUUUUCUGGAUAUUUUAUAAGAAAGCCUAGGCGGCCAUCCAAAAAAAAAAAAAAAAAAAAAAAGAGGAGACAAAGCUGUCAUUUACGUGGGCAGCCCAUAAAAUGAGACACUGGAAAAAGGUGUCAGACCUGCAUUGGAAAAUGCGUUUGUCUCUUGUAUUGGCUACUCUGGUCUAUAACCUCGGGUUGUGAGUGUGCAAAUGCCAUGGUUGAAGCAUGC